CCGCCGAUCGCACAGUGAGUGAAACGCACUUCUUUAUACCGAGUGUUCCACUUUGAGAAAAAAUGAAAUUGUUGUAUUUGUUAUUUGUGUGCGGGUUUGGCGCGUCAAAGGUCGACUCUUCGGCCAUCCCCAUGUGGGAGUUUCUGAGCAAAGAUGAAAAAAUGUCCUACUUGUACUCGAUGUUCGCCAAUCAAGUCGAGCAGUUCUGCGGGAAAUCGACGAUGGUUAACUGUAAUAAAGAGUUGCUGAAGUACGGCCUUGGCAAGUUGAAGGACAUGCCGGAGGAUCAUCUCGACGUGAUGGACCCCUACCAGAGGGGCGCCAACGAUAUAAUUUGGGACUCGAUGAUGGAGGGCCACGAGAUGAUGAAAACCACGAAAUCGCGCCCCCCGACGACCACUACCAAGCCCAACAGUUACGACGAUGACUCUUUUGGUGACUACGGCGCCGCUUCGGCCAAAAUCGACAAUGUAUAUAGGGUGGCCCCUCCUAAGGGUUUUGUUUAUACUAUUCAGACGGGCACCCCACAGUACACCUACACCCCCAGUGUGGGGCCUUAUUCGAAAUUCCAGCAAACCCACACCCCCGAGAAAUACGUGGUUAAAGUGUACCCCGAUGGACGACCGGUGGUCGAACACACCAGUCAAUUGCCCCAAGAUGACGAUUUGAGACAGUACCAAUUGUCCAAAGUCAAAAUACCUAAUUUGUAAUUGGGACUUUUGUGAUAUGUAUGUGCAUGUAUGGGUUAUUUAUAGUGUGUUUGAUUGUCUUUUGUUUUAUUUAUAGUGUGUUGUUUUUUUUUAUUUAUUAAUUGAUCACUUUGUGAUUGUGAUUAGAGUUCCAGAGUUGCUGGAGGUUUAUUUGUACACUAUGUAUGUGAUUUAGUAUCCAAUAUAUUGAAUAGGAAUUUU